AUGUAUGUGAAAUGGUUCGAUACAGUAAUGUUAUACUAUGUUAUUUUAGUGAAUGUCACUUUUUGUCAUUUUCAAAUUUCCCGCCGUUCUGUCCCCCGUACGUCCCAUACCCAGAAGACAGAUGCCGACAUCCGCCGGAGGACAUUACAGGGGACACUGCAGGAGGGACAUCGCGGGAGCGCAGCAGGACAAGGUAAGAGAAGAACAGAUCCCGGAGCAGCGCCACAUGGUAAGCCCGAGUGUAGCUCAGGGUUACCGUUUGUGCUACACUCGGGAAUACCGCCAGGGAGGCUA